AUGUUUUCUCUUGGUUUAGUGCUAUUAGAGCUAGAUAACAUUCAGACCUUCGAUUUCACAAAAACAACAAAUUAGCAAAAGUUUGAAAUUUAGUUAGGAAAUAUUUUCUCAAGCUUUUAGAUAAAUAGACAAUCUUAAAUUUACAGGAUAGUUAAGCAAUGUAUAGAAUUCGAUCCUAAAAAUCGUACACCUCCAGUAGAUUUACUCAUUCAAUUCAUCGUUUAGAAUCAAAACUACUUAGAUGUCGAGAUUUCUUCCAUAUUAAAUAAGAAAUAACUACUGAAAAAAGCUGAAUAACUCACUUAAAUUUAGAAGAGCGUAGUAGAAAAAUCAAAGAAAUAAGAAAUUGAGCUCCUUUAAAUUUCUUAAAUCUACAAGGAUUAAAAAUUUGAAAUGCUGAUUUAAGAAUUUAAAUAGUUGAAAGAAAAGCCUUUUGAAAUCUUUGAAUAUCAAAUUAUACUUGAUUUACUCUUAAAAAAUACUUAAUAUGAUUCUAAUUUCGAAUUCAUUUCUGUUGGGGCUACUGGCUUAAUUCUUGGAGUCUACAACAAAUCAUAUAAAAGGCACUCAGCUUUAAAAAUCUAGAGAGUUUCAUCCAAACAUGAAAUCGUUAGAGAAAUUGGAAUAAUCAGAGAUUGCUAAAUGCCUCUUGUAAUCAAGUUCUAUGGCUUCUUUUACCUAGAUGUUACAAAGAAAGAGGACUUUGUUGUAUAUGAAAUUGAAAAAUGUUCUGGUAACCUAAAGCAAUACUUUAACAGAUUAAAGAAAGAUAAGAUUUAGCUUAACGAUGAAGAGAAAAUGCAAAUAGCUAUUUAAGUAAUUGAUGUUAUUAACUACUUACAUUACAAUGAUAUUGUCCAUAGAGAUAUUAAACUUGAGAAUAUCCUUUAUAUCGAUGACAAUCAAUCUUAAGUUCCAAUCAUAAAACUAACUGACUUUGAUUAAGCAAGAAAAAUGCAUUAUGAAUUGAUUUAAAUUAAUGAUGAUAUUCUUAAGGACUACAAAUCUAUUAAAGGAGCAUGUGGCACUCUUGGAUACAUAUCACCUGAGAUAUUUAACACCCUAUUAUAUACAUUCUAGAGCGAAAUUUUUUCACUCGGAGUUACUUUAGCUGUAAUAGACAAUUUUGAAACAUUGGAACCGUACCUUAAAUAAAAAAAUCUUGAUUACCUACAUGGCUUUAAAAUUCCAUUCGAACCAAGUCAUCUUGUAACAAAUGAAUUGAUAAAAAGAAACACAAAAAUCUAUGAUAUCAUUCUAAAUACUGUUGUAUUUAAUCAAGAAAAAAGAAAAGAUUUAUACUCUAUUAUGGCUGAUCUUCAUGAAAAUUAUGGAUAUUAAUUUUAUUCUAAAGAAAUUACUUUUUUUUAAAAUAUUCCCUCUCAUUUCGUAUAUUGCAAGAUAGCUUCUUUUGUAUUAUCAAACAAUAUAGGCCCAGAUGGGGCGAAAGCAGUAGCUUCCGAAAUAGCUAAAUGUCCUACUCUCUCCACUUUAAGCCUCUACCUCUAAUCAAACAAUAUAGGCCCAGAUGGGGCGAAAGCAGUAGCUUCCGAAAUAGCUAAAUGUCCUACUCUCUCCACUUUAACCCUUGAUCUUCAAUCAAACAAUAUAGGCCCAGAUGGGGCGAAAGCAGUAGCUUCCGAAAUAGCUAAAUGUCCUACUCUCUCCACUUUAACCCUUGGUCUUGAUGAUAACAAUAUAGGCCCAGAUGGGGCGAAAGCAGUAGCUUCCGAAAUAGCUAAAUGUCCUACUCUCUCCACUUUAAGCCUUGGUCUAUAUGAUAACAAUAUAGGCCCAGAUGGGGCGAAAGCAGUAGCUUCCGAAAUAGCUAAAUGUCCUACUCUCUCCACUUUAAGCCUCUACCUCUAAUCAAACAAUAUAGGCCCAGAUGGGGCGAAAGCAGUAGCUUCCGAAAUAGCUAAAUGUCCUACUCUCUCCACUUUAAGCCUUGGUCUAUAAUCAAACAAUAUAGGCCCAGAUGGGGCGAAAGCAGUAGCUUCCGAAAUAGCUAAAUGUCCUACUCUCUCCACUUUAAGCCUCUGCCUAUAUGAUAACAAUAUAGGCCCAGAUGGGGCGAAAGCAGUAGCUUCCGAAAUAGCUAAAUGUCCUACUCUCUCCACUUUAAGCCUCUACCUCUAAUCAAACAAUAUAGGCCCAGAUGGGGCGAAAGCAGUAGCUUCCGAAAUAGCUAAAUGUCCUACUCUCUCCACUUUAACCCUUGGUCUUGAAUCAAACAAUAUAGGCCCAGAUGGGGCGAAAGCAGUAGCUUCCGAAAUAGCUAAAUGUCCUACUCUCUCCACUUUAACCCUUGGUCUUGA